AUGGCAAUAAUGUUGUUUUUGGCAUCUCUUCUCCCAGCUGUAUUGGGCAGUGACUGUAAAUUCAUGCAAUUCGACUGUUCUGAUAUCUAUAACUCAGGACAAACUGUCAGUGGGAUUUACACCAUCUAUCCAGCAGGAGACAUUCCUGUCUGGGUUUACUGUGAGAUGAUCUCAGGUGGGAAAGAUGAAGACAACGGAGGAUGGACGGUGAUUCAGAGGAGAAUGGACGGCAGUGUGAAUUUCUAUCGGCCAUGGAAUCAGUACAAGAGAGGAUUUGGGAAUGUGGAGAGAGAAUACUGGCUGGGCCUGGAGAACAUGUACCAGCUGACACGUAAGAACAAGUACAAGUACUCGUUCUUCCCUGUGGGUUGUGAAUGUGCUGGAUAUCAGCUGCAUGUUUCAGGAUUCACUGAUGGAAGAGCAGGUGACUCUUUAUCUGGCCAUAAUGGACAGAAGUUCUCCACCUUUGACAAAGACUCUGAAAAGAACUGUGCCAAGCAGAAUCUCGGGGGAUUUUGGUAUGUAGACUGUCACAUUACAAACCCCAACGGAGUGUAUUUAUGGGGAGAAGAUCCCACCUAUCACGCCAUUGGUGUUGUUUGGUCAACGUGGAAGAAAUACGCAGUCAGUAUGAAAACCUUCAGCAUGAAGAUCAAAUAUGUUUCUUAG